AAACGGCACUGCCCACUUCGCAAGAGCUGUGGCAUCAAGCAACAGAGGACAAGUAGGCGGGAGCACACAGCGAUACACAGCGCGACAGCAACGCAGGGGAGGGAGCUAGACACUAGGACAGGGCAGCGGCGGUCUGUGUGAGCGAAUUCGGCUCGAAAAAGCGCUUUCUUUUCCGCUUUUUACCACGUCCGGGGGAGUUUGUCCCGCUGGACCAAAAAUCGACGGGCGUCACGAUGCUCCAGGAGGCAGGAGACGACGCCAAGGAACAUACAGAGCCAGGACCAUGCUGUGGGGAGUGCAUGCACUCGAAAGGCGAGCGAUGCGGCGUGUGUCGAGACGCGCAGGAGCCUGCAGCACAGAAGCAAGUGGAGAGCUUCGAUUUCGGGAGUCUGGGGCCGCCGCCGCCGUGUCCGACGUUGUGUCGACAGGAGGCGACGGACUUCACAGCCGCGAGAGAGAGGAAACGGGCAGGUUUCUUCGGACAGGAGCUUGGUCAGAUGACUCAGCCCAGUUUGUCCAGAGUAAGCAGGAGACUGCCCACGCCGGUCGCGGACCAUUGUUCGUUGAUGAUGUAAGCAGUCAAGACGUGGAAAAAAGUAGUGGGAGUAUAGUAUUUGGAGAGGAGGGACAAGUGAGUGUUAAGUUAGCGACUGACUGGCGGCUUCCUUGGCAUGAAAUGAAAUCGCUCGCCAAGCAACGGAUCGUCGUUUUGAUGCUGUGUCUUGCCAGUAGAGACGGUGGGUACGCAUCGACAUGCUCGCACUUUAACGCGUAUAAAUUAUUAUUUUUUAAGGAAACGCUCGAUCCAAACGAUUGCGUUGGGUGGCUUACAAACAUUCAUGCACUCCUGACGUCAACUCCGCGUGAACAUCUAGCGAGUGUUUACCAGAACCAGACAGAUGCAUUCUGAGUGAGCUUCACUCGUUUCCUGUCAACGCAAGAUCAUGGGAUGGCUUUCAUCGUAGCAAGACCAGUACUAAUGCUAAGCUUAGCGCUUGGCAUCGCCCGACAGCGACGAUAUAUGCACUUGCAACUGGUGAGUCGCAAUAAUGGCGUUGAUGGCCGCCUUACCGACUCCCUGCCGACAAUUCUGGGCAAUUAAUGGCAACUGUGCGGCUUCCAAGUUAUCAGAUUUCGAGAGUGAUAGCACGUUCGAGUUGCAUCAUGCCACGGACAGGCAUUUUUUUCAGCACAAAUGCACCGAUAACUCAGAUGUGAAUAUUUUUCAUUAAUCGUUACGGAAGAGCCGCUAAAGAUUUUAGUGUAAAUUUGUUUUGCAAUUAUUAAGUAAGAAUAGAUAAAUUGAGGCUCUCUUUACAUGCGACGUCUUCAAGUCAACGGGUCGGACUCGCCGAAGAGGAACAUAAAGAGCUCUCGUGGGAGCUGCUCCUGACACGGACAAGCGUUGAAGUCGAUGACGGGGCACGAAGCUGCGAGCUGCAGCAAAUUCUCAACGAAGCGCUGCACUGCCUUGGUUCGCUGGCGCUGUGAGAGCACCAAGCUCAACACUGGACCCGGAAGCGCAGCUCCUAGAAGUAGAAUGCCAGCUACUUCAGUGCAGAAUGGGCAGCUCAUAGUCGGGUGGGACGUUUUGCACGUCUCGUAGAGUUCGUCCCGAAGAGCGACAAAGUCGCUGAAAUGCUUCUCAAUGUGGGCGUCCAAAUGCUGAGCCUUUGUCUUGAAACUCGUGGGGAUGCGAGAUCUCGACUGUGACGGAGUGUACACGUCGAUAGCAUAAUUUCCAUUGGCAGCCGACACCAGGACGCUGCGGAUCUGCUUGAGCUUGUUCACAGUCUGCAUGUGACGCGAGUACCUCUCAGGCAAAAGCCUCAUCGGACUGAGCCGCGCGAGACCGCCGACAACGACGUCGCUUGAAGAUUGAUGCAGGAUACUCAUGAUGGCUAGCGAGGAAUUUCUAAAGUGAGAACUGCCGCUGCGACUCGCAAGGUCAGAGGGUGCCACAUCUCGGCCUUCAACUGGACUGUCUCGUACCUGAAUGUGCGCUGAAUGCGAAUGGUCCGGUGCUUUGGCACGAGGGGGUGCUCCAUCAAAAAGUAUCUACACCACUUGAAACACCUAUUUCAUUUCUCUUUGUGCCUAUGACACUGUUACAGUAACUCUAAGUUGUAGGGAUAGAUAAGUCUAAAACGUUGUGUCAAUGUGAUAAAUGCUCAAGCAGAAGCUUCGAAGAGGAACUUGUAGAGCUGACGUGGGAGCUUU